UUACUUGUUCUUCAAAGUUGUAGACAAGCAACCCAUGAUACUGAAAUGGCGGAUUCUUUCUGCCACCAACGACUUGGACCGGGUUUCGGCCGUGGCUCUGCCGAAGUUGCCGAUCUCCCUGACCAAUACUGAUCUGAAGGUGGCGAAUGACACCAAGUUCUUCCCUGGGUUGGGGCUGGCUUUGGCUUUUCACGACGGCAGCGUCCACAUCGUUCACCGCCUGUCCUUGCAGAUGAUGGCCGUCUUCUACGGCUCCUCCUCCCAGCGCCCCGUGGACGAGCAGACCAUCAAAAGGCAGCGGACUGCCGGGCCCCUGGUUUACUUCAAAGCCAUGCAGCUCUCCUGGACGUCUCUGGCCUUGGCCGGCAUCGACAGUCACGGGAAGCUGAGCAUGCUCCGCAUCUCCCCCUCCAUGGGCCACGUGCUGGACAUGAACAUGUCCCUCCGCCACUUGCUGUUCCUGUUGGAGUAUUGCAUGGUGACCGGCUACGACUGGUGGGACAUCCUGCUCCACGUCCAGCCCAACAUGGUGCAGAACCUGGUGGAGAAGCUGCACGAGGAGUACAUGCGCCAGAACGCGGCCCUGCAGCAGGUCCUCUCCACGCGCAUCGUCGCCAUGAAGGCGUCUCUCUGCAAGCUCUCCUCCAGCACCAUCGCCCGCGUGUGCGACUACCACGCGAAGCUGUUCCUGAUCGCCAUCAGCUGCACCCUGAAGUCGCUGCUGCGCCCCCACUUCCUGAACACCCCGGACAAGAGUCCCGGGGACCGACUCACCGAGAUCUGCUCCAAGAUCACGGAUAUAGACAUUGACAAGGUGAUGAUUAACCUGAAGACAGAAGAAUUUGUCCUGGAGAUGACCACGUUGCAGUCCCUGCAGCAGCUCAUCCAGUGGGUGGGAGAUUUUGUGCUCUACCUGCUGGCCAGCCUUCCCAACCAGGGCUCCCCUGUGCGGCCGGGACACAGCUUUCUGCGAGACGGGGCGUCCCUGGGCAUGUUCCGGGAGCUGAUGGUGGUGAUCCGCAUCUGGGGCCUAUUGAAGCCAAGCUGCCUCCCUGUCUACACAGCGACCUCCGACACCCAGGACAGCAUGUCCCUCCUCUUCAGGCUCCUGACGAAGCUCUGGCUGUGCUGUCGUGAGGAAAAUCACAUAACGGAGCCAGACGAUACCCUGAUAGACGAGUGCUGCCUCCUGCCCAGCCAGCUGCUCAUCCCCAAUAUCGACUGGCUGCCCAUCAACGACGGCAUUAUCAGCAAGCUGCAGAACAAGCAGCUUGUCCGGCUGCAGUUUGGGAAAGCUCCCGGGCUCGUUGGUCACACUGUCUCUUCCCAGUUUGACGCCUUUGUCAGGGCGCCUGGACAGCCCAAAAUCGACCACCUGCGG